GGCUGGAAGAGACAGCUGGCCAUCCAGCUGCUAUCAGGUUGGAACCUUGAGGGUAGCCGGGAAUACAGUCAGUGAGAGAAGCCCUGAGGCGGAGAGGAAACGAAACAGGUCUUGGGCUUUGAACCCCCUCACUGCCCAUGUGCUAUGGGGAGGGUGGGCGUUGCUCCCGCAGCCUUCCUUUGUGGGGGGCUCCUCGCUGUCUUCCUCCUAAGAGCAGCAUUUGGACAGAGCAAACAGCCUGAGAGCCGAGUGUGUUCCCGACGCAUGUUACGAAUCCCCUUAUUCUACAAUGAAACCUAUGCCAAGCCCUUGCACCAGCCUUAUUUGACACUGUGCGCUGGACCUCGAGUCUGUAGUACCUACAAGACUACUUACAGAGUUGCCACACGGCAGGUACGGAAAGAUAUCCUGCAGACCAACGUCAUCUGUUGCCAAGGUUGGAAGAAACGGCAUUUGGCGGACACAAAGUGCGAGGAAGCUGUUUGCCACAAGCCAUGCCAGAAUGGAGGCAUCUGUGCCCAGCCAAACCAGUGCCAGUGCCAACCAGGCUGGGGCGGACGGUACUGCCACAUUGAUGUGGAUGAGUGCCGCGCACCGGUCCCUCUCUGUGGCCAACGCUGCCUUAACACUGCAGGGAGCUACCAGUGCCAGUGUGACCCUGGUCAUGCCCUGGAGCCAGAUGGCAAGACCUGCCGCUUCCUUGCUACUGCCCAGGCAGCUCCUAUCCUUGGCAGCAGAGCGCAAACUUUAGCGGCUCAGGACGUGGUUCCCAAUGAGAUUCAGGAGCUUCAAGCAAAAGUGGGGCAGCUGGAAGAGCGUCUGGAACGUGCCCUCUCCAUCUUGCCAACCUCCCUGGAGCCCACCCAGCUGAAGGAGCUGUGGAGUCGCCUUCGCUACCUGGACCAGGUGGAAUCACUCAGCGAUCAGCUCCUUUUCCUCGAGGAGAAACUGGGGGACUGUGCCUGUCAGAAUGGGAAAAAUGGCUUUGGCUAUGAAAUCGCCUAGUGAUGGCUGCAUCCUGGACUCAAGCUAGAUGGAUAGGAAACCAGACCCCUGCCAACUCCCAACUCUGGGCUGGUGAUUACUGCUCUGUGAAGCUCAAGUUAACACCUCCUCCUUUGUUUAUGCUCCUGGGCACACACUGUUCAUUACUUUAAAGCAAAACACACAGAGCAAGGGCUACACCUCUAAUGGAUUAACUAACAUUGCAGAUGCUGGAAGCAAGCUUUUGAGUCACACAGCAUUCUUCUGGAGGCAUUCAAAGCAAAGCUACACAGAAUUCUUGAAGCAUUCAUAGCCGAUGCCAAAAUAUAUUUUUAAAAAGCGAGCACAAUCCAGCCAAAGUAAAGAACUGUUACUCCCUUUUAUUUCAGUGAGAGAUUUAUAAGGAACUCCUAUGCACGUUGGCUCACUUGCAAGGUCUUUUGCCUUCAGUGAGGCUUAUUUCCAGGUAUGUGUGCAAAGGACGGCAAAUCUGAAGCACCGUGCUGAAAUCUCCCAUUGAAAUAAAUGGGUUUUAAAAGUAUUCGUGUCUGCAUCAUGCCGACUUUAAGUAGCAACUUGGCCUGCCUGUAUUUCUUUGCCUGUAUUUUCCAUGGUGUAUUUUCUUUUAUAGAGAGACAGUGUGGUGUAGUGGUUAAGGUGUUGGACUACAACCUGGGAGACCAGGGUUCGAAUCCCCACACAGCCAUGAAACUCGCUGAGUGACCUUGGGCCAGUCACUGCCUCUCAGCCUCAUGAAAAUUCAUAGGGUCGCCAUAAGUCGGAAUCGACUUGAAGGCAGUACAUUUACAUCUAUUUUCUUUCAUGACCUCCCCCCCACCCCUGGCAAUUGAUCAGUUUUCCCAUCUCCUUGUUUAUAGAGGGAUGUGUAAACUGGUCCCUCUGCCACAGCCAGACAGUCUAGUACUCAGCAGACAGAGCUCUUAUUUUAACUCCUUUACUUUGAGAAGCACUCAGCUCUUAACAACCUAACCCAUCGUAUUCUACAUUAUAUUCCAUCCAACUUCUUCCAACCACACAUAAAUAAGUGAAGGAAUUUACUGGCUUUUAAGAGGUCUCUAUUCCAUCUAAGGUGGGUGUAACUUAUUCACAGCAAGGUCCAUGAAAAGUGGGGGGGGGAACCUGCAGCGCUGCAGAGAUUGUUGGACAACAUGACUCCCAUCAUCCCUGACCAUUGGCCAUGCUGACUAGGAUUGAUGGGACUUGGGAGUGCAACAGAACUGCAGGUUCUCCAGCCCUGGACUAGGGGAAGAGAUCCGAGCCAUAGCUUCUGCCCUGAAGUUCACCAGACAGAUUGCGAUAAACCUUUAUAUAUGCUCCCUUGAGCUCAGUCACCAGCAGGGUAGAUGUGAUAGUAUGUUACAGCAAAGACAGUUUUGUUGCACCAUGAUGACCAAGAAAUUUAUUAUGACAUAAACUUUUAUGGAUAUGCACGAUUAAAAUUAUUUAAAAUAACCAAAUCAUCAACUCCUGCCUUGGAGUUUCCCCAGGACAGCUGGCUGACCACUGCUAGGCAACAGAAUACUGUUCAAUGUAGACUUUUGACAUAAUUUACAUUUUAAAAAGUCAUUUAUUAACAUCUUGAAUAUUAGUUUAGCUUGGGAAAAGAUGUGAUUUUGAUUCUAUAGAGCCAACAUCUCUAGUGAGAUUCUGGUUCAAUUAAAGAUUGUUCAUUGGAACUAAUUCUUGGAGCUGGAUUUCUUUGGGAAGAGAGAGAAUAUGCUCGCGAAGUGAAUCACCCACCCAUUUUGAGUUGCCACAGCUAGAAAUGGAACCUCAAUGUUCAGAAGCAGUAUACCUCCUAUGCUGGAACAAAACAAGGGAUAAGUAAUGCUUGUGAGCCUUCUAGAGGCAGUGGCUGGAAAGGGCGGCAGAGACCAACAUACCAAGGCAUAUAAUUGUUUUUUAUCACCACCUCUUUCUGGAAUAAUAAAGACAGUUCCUUCUCCAUCAAGUCCUUCUUCAAAAUGGAGUUUCCCUAGUCUUUGUGAACCAAUAUGGUGCAUUUCAUCUACCCAUGCCUCUUCUUACAUCGACUUCCCCACAAUUUAAGGCCUCUCUCAGUUCUUCUUUCACCCAUUUGCUGUAGCUUAUAAACCAGCCCUUUAGCUGUUGCUGGACUACAGUUCCCAUCAUCCCCCACUGUGCUGGGUGGGGUUGAUGGGAGUUGGAGUCCAGCUUCUGGAGGGCCACAAGUUCUCUAUACCUGUUGUAACCUAUGGGUCAUUUCAGCAAGAGGCCCCUUGUUUGCAUCUGUUCCCAAGGGCUACACCUAAGCCUUCAUUUGCCAAUCCAAAGAGAGGUGAGAAAGGAUUUGCCAGCAAGCCAUUUUGGAGAGGAGGAAGUAGGAGGCUUGACACCUCUCUGCCUCAGACUUGAGCCCUUUAAUAAGAUAAGCUGCUAACCACGGCUCCUGUCAUUUCCAUGUUAUAUACAAUGCCUUGCAAAAGUAAUUGGAUCCCUGACCAAUGGUCUCAUAUUAAUAAAUUACAAAUGGUUCUUUGUAA